AUGAAAUUCGGUUUCUUCACCAUCAUUCCGUUCCACGAGGGCGACACCGAGCCGCGGCUGUUUCACGAAACGCUGGAACGCAUCGAGCUGGUGGACCAAUUAGGGUUCGACGAGGUGUGGAUCGGCGAGCACCACUUCUCGCGGCAUGGGCUGGUCUCGGGGGUCAACACGUGGAUGGGCGCGAUUGCGGCGCGGACAAAACAGGUGCGCAUCGGCACGGCGAUUACCAUUCUGCCCUUCCACAAUCCGAUCAUGGCGGCGGAAGAAGCGGCGACGCUGGACAUCCUCAGCAACGGGCGGCUCAAUUUCGGCAUCGGCAGCGGCUAUCAGCGGCAGGAGUUCGACGGUCUUGGCGUGCCGAUCAACGAGGCGCGAGAGCGGUUUCACGAAUCGCUUGAGGUCAUCACGCGCGCCUGGACGGAGGAGCGGCUCACCUUUCACGGCAAAUACACGCACGUGGACGACCUCUGGGUGCUGCCCAAGCCGGUGCAGAAGCCGCACCCGCCGCUGUACAUCGCCGUCAGCACCAGUCCGACCAGCGUCGAGUUCGCCGCCAGCCGCCGCAUUCCGAUCAUCGUCGGCGGCCCCACCGACGUGAUGGGGCAGGCGCCGCAGGUGGUCAAGCUGUGGCACGACAAAAUGGAAGCGCUCGGCCACGAGCACGCCCACAUCGACCUGCCGGUGGCCAGCCGAGUGUACGUCGCGCCGACGAUGGACGAGGCGCAGGGCGACAUCCGGGGGCUUGAGGACUUCCAUAGUCGCGUGAUGAGCAGCAUCGGCACCACCGGGGCGCCCGUUGGUAUGCCGACCGACCGGGACGGCAACCUGCCGCCGGGCUACGAGUUCUGGGCCAACCGGCAGCGCGACCGCGACCGUUCGGCGGAACCCGGCCAGACCGUCAUGCCGCCGCUCAUCGGCACGCCGGAGGUGGUCAGCGAGCGUCUGGCGCUGAUCGAGCAGCGCGGCAUUCGUCGUGUGUUCGCCCAAUUCGGCUUUCCCGGCGUGCCGCACGCUAAGGUCAUGCGCGCCCUCGAACUGUUCGGCACGCAGGUGAUGCCGCAUUUUCGCACCCAGACGGCCAGCGUGGCCGGGUAG